AUGUUGCAGUACUUCCUUCGCGAGUACGACGUGGUGUCCAAGUUUGCUGUGCACCCGCACACGAAGAAGCCCAUCAGCCGCGAGCUGCAUGCUGCCAUGAUUCAGGAGAGCACGCGCUUCUGGGCCAUUGACGCCGAGCACACCCUCUUCCUCGCCGCGCUUGACCAGCACUAUCACUCUGCAGACUUCAUGGCUUCACCCGAUCUACAGCGUGGACUGCAACGCAUCAGCGAAGACUAUCUCUCCACGCUGCCGGACAACGUGCCACGUUAUCGCACGUUCCGGCACUUGACGUCGUACGCUUCGAGCUACUACUCAUACCCAUGGUGCCAGGCCAUGGCUGGCUUCAUCUGGUCCGAGUGCUUCCAAUCUCGACCCCUCGAUCGCCACACGGGCGAGCGAUACCGCGAGCACAUCCUGGCACCGGGCAGUUCAGGGAACGAGUGGCGACGCAUCGAGCACAUGAUUGGCUUCAAGCCAAGCGUGCAGGACCUGGCAGAGGGACUGUCGCGCCCCUGACGUGCACAUGUCACAUGACUUUCUGUUCUGUUACUCCUUCACACACUGCCGUCACCAUCCCCGGCACUAUGAACAUCAAAGCUGUCAACCUUUCUGCCUCAAAGCAAAGUAAAAGGUGGCCUCUGUCA